AGGACUGUAUUGAAGGAAGAGAGAAACAGAGAGCUGUUAAAUCUUGAUAGGAGAUCUACCCAGGACCCAACAACUCUUCGCCACUUGCAAAGACAGCCACCCCGCGGAACCUCCCUGUCAUCUGUUACUAUCUCUCAGGAACCAACUGAAAUGGCAGACGUUGCCACGCCCGUUGACAAGAAGGCUCCUCCCAAGUUCAAGCAGAGGACAACCCGUACCUUCAAGAGCAAGGCGCCCAAGCCUGGCCAGAAGGGGUUCGGUGACGAAAUCCCCGGCAUGGAGGGCCUCGGCACAGACAUCACAGUGAUUUGCCCAUGGGAGGCCUUCGGUGACAUGGAACUUAGCGACCUAGCGAAAUACGGAAUUGUUUAGGGCCGCUCUUUUCCUUCCCUUGAGCUCCUCCCACCUCCUCUCUGGUCCAUGCCGUCAAGGAGCUUAACACUCCUCUUAACUGACCCAUUGUUUUGCCAAUGCCAUCUCACACAAGACCCUUGGAUAUCAGUUUGCCGUUAGGAGCCCAAGUUACACAGGCGUAUUCAACCAACAAGGGUAGCCACGUAGACCAAAAACUGAAACAUACUGAUAUUUUGGAAGCAUGAAAAUAACAGCUAUGAGGCCACAUUACCCUGCGACCACCUGCUUCUCUGUAAAGAUUCCACGUAAGAGGCCGGCAACGCAGUGUCCUAACUGAAAUCCCACUCAAAUGAAAUCACUUAUUGAGACAGUGAAAUGACUCAAAUGAAAUGGCUUAUUGAAAUAAACAUACUUAAUUAUUGACAUGAACUCGCAAAAUGCAGUCUGCUGGGCUAAUAAAAAUGGUUUCCUCCAGACGAUAUUGACGUUAUAGUAGUGAUGAUUACUUCUCACUACAACAGUACAUUUCCUGAGACAACUAGAUUAGAUUAUUUUAUGAAAAAGCAUUCAAUUGACUGUUGUUUUUAAAGUCUCAAUGAUAUUUACUCGUCUAUCCUGCCUUUUCCCUUUACCUCAAUCCUGUCUCGAAGAAAGCCCCCUUUAUAAACAGAAAUUUAUUUGGGUACUAAAGAUUCCAUUAUUAUUUUUACUAUGUUAAAAUCCAUUAUUAUAUAUUUUUUAAUUCUAGUAAUGCUACUGUUAAUUAGAGAGCUAAUCACUCUCUGCAAUUUGUCUUUUGAAUCUGUGAUUCUGGUAAGUAGAAUACUCAAUAAAUGCAAAAUGUUUCUCAAAAUAAAUACUUGUUUUCACAUGAA